CUGUGACCUGUGACGAUUAUCUCAGUAUAAAAUAUCAAGUUUCAAGUGAUUGUUAGUUAGAUUUCAAAUUCUUCUCACUAUUGAAUAUUAAGAUGAAGGUUCUCAUUGUGUGCUUGGCUCUAUGUGCAGUUGUUAUGGCUGAAAGAUGCCAACAGACAAGUGACUGCAAGUUAACACUGUGCUCUACAGGCGCCAGUAUUACGUGUAUCCGUGGUGAAUGUACCUGCACGACUUCAUCUGGAUCUACAUGCACCACAGCCCAAGACUGUCACGUGGAAUGCCACGACAGAGAUUCUCACUGUGUUGACGGACGUUGUCACUGCAGACAUGGCGGCAAUCAAAAUUUUGGUCGAUAACUUUUUCACUUUAGCCAUUAAAUAUAUUCAAUAGAU